GAACAACUUCUAUAGUGUACUAUAUGCAAAUUUUAUUUGUUAAGAAAAAAAGAAAAAUAUGCGAAGAGCUGUAAUGAUUCCUCUAGAAAAACUGGUAUUUGCGUGAGAAAAAGUGAAAGUAUAUUUUCUAUGAAUUUGUUGCAACAUUUAAUGCUCAGUCUAACAUAAAAGAAAUAAGAGUCCGAUUAUAUUUUCAUUCGAAAACCGUGAAGUUAAACUUAUAAAUUUUUUCUGCUUGUUUUUUCGCUGAAAUUAAAGCAGACACAAAAGAGUUAUCGUUGGCGUCUGGAAUUUUUUGCUUGCCUGCCAACGGGGUAGAAAACAGAAAAAACUGUAUGCAUAGUCUGAUGUGUGCUUGUAUUUGUGUUAGAAGGAAAUGUGAAAACGUUUAUAAAAAAUGCUAUUUUUUAAAGUUUUUUAAUUGCUUAUUACAGUUCGAUAAAUGAAGUGUUUUCCCUUGAUUAAUAAUUUUUGUGAAAUAUUUUGCUACCUAUUCAUUGAAUUAAAGGCAAAUAAUACAUAACUUUACGAAACACACAUACGGACACAUAUAUACGUAAAAUUGGGUUGGUGUGGUGGUGGAGAAGGCUAAUAACCAAAUAUCCACAACAGCAGUAACAUGACAGACAAUUAUGAUGAUAAUGGAGACUAUCCCAACUAUACUGAAGACGAUGAUUAUGGUAAACAACGAAAGACUGGUGUGGGCCCUGGUGGUUCAAAUUCUCAAUUAGUUUCCUCUCAUAACGGUGACAACAGUGCUAAUCACGGUUUAAACGUCAAUAUGGCAACAAGUGAUAAUAACCACUUAAACGAGAAAGCAAAUGAGUAUAUCAGAGAUUGCUUGAGUGAAAAGGCGCGUAUGGAAAGAAAAUUUCCAAUAGCUGAAAAAUUAUUGGACAGUGAAAUUGAAAAAGUUCAAACUACGGGACGUAUACCCUCACGGGAACAAAAAUAUGCUGACAUUUAUCGAGAAAAACCAUUGCGAGUUUCACAAAAGGUUUUGGUUCCCAUUAGAGAACAUCCCAAAUUCAAUUUUGUAGGCAAACUUUUGGGACCCAAGGGUAAUUCACUGCGUCGCUUGCAAGAGGAAACACUCUGCAAAAUGACUGUUCUGGGACGCAACUCUAUGCGCGAUCGUGUUAAGGAGGAGGAAUUACGCAAUUCUAAAGAUCCAAAAUAUGCACACCUUAAUAGCGAUCUACAUGUAGAAAUCUCUACAGUAGCACCCCCUGCUGAGGCCUACGCCCGCAUUGCAUAUGCUAUGGCAGAACUACGAAAAUAUCUUAUACCUGACAGUAACGAUGUUAUAAGACAGGAACAAUUACGUGAACUAAUGGAUAACGCUCAUAUCUCCGAUGAGACGAAAUCAACAACACCCUACAAGAAAUUACCAACACAUCAUGCGGGUGUAGGCAACGUUAGCCUAGCUACAGCAUCCGGCAGCGGUGGUAUGACGGCCACAUCAACCGCUGGAGCUCAAGUUAAAAAUAUGUCAUUGUCAACAGCCUCUUACAGAAGUAAUGCACAGCAGCAACAACAGGCUAAUAAUACAUUUAAUAAAAAUAAUGUGGCACCCAAACAAAAAGUUAUGUCUAUUUUGGAAAAAGCUCGUUCAGCCAUGGAGGAAACGUACGGGCGUGGUUUUGAGACGGACAGUGUGACAUAUGAUCAGAGCCACACUUAUGACUCUUAUAAUUACGUGUCAGCAGCUGGAGCUGCUGCUGGUCCCCCAACGGUACAUAACCACAACAUACCACCACAUACAACUCAAGCUCCAACUGGUAUUGGUACGGGUGCUUUAAAUAGUAGAACACCAUACGAGAAUACUGAUUAUUCUGAAUUGGACUAUAAUAGAAGAGAUUAUUACCAACAUUCUCCCAGUUACGGAACAAGUGGCAUACAAUCGAAUCAAAAUAAUGCAUUAAAUCCCAAUCGCGGUCAUGUUAACAGGUGAAAUUUAUUUGCAACUACAUCAACAACACAUCAAAAUAAUGCUAAUAAUCAAGUUUUAACCAAUAAUUUUAACAAUAAUAAUGGAACCCAACAGCAGCAAA